GCUAUCCUCCACAUUUUCGCAACGAACGCUCCGAAAGGAAAGUCGUUCUCUAUUAGCUUCGCUUGGAACACGCUUCUCUCUCACUGGGGAACUAAAAGCCGAUCCCUUUUAUUUUAUAUAGAAAAAAUGAACGCUUUCCUGAUAUUGGUUGCACUGGCAGGAGUUGUCUCCGCCCAACGAGAUGACUUCGACUGCCCCGACAACUUCGGCUUCUACCCUCACUACCGCAGCUGCGACAAGUACUGGGCUUGCGAAAAUGGAACGGCGACCCUAAAGAUCUGCGGAAAUGGUCUCGUGUUCGAUGACGCCGAUCCCCUCAGAGAAAACUGCGCCUACCCCUUCAGCGUCAACUGCGGAGACAGGACAGACCUCGAGCCUCCAAUAAGCACCCCCAACUGCCCUCGACUCUACGGUAUCUACGAAAACAAAGAAAACUGCCGAAUCUUCUACUCCUGCUGGAACGGCGAAGCCUCCAGAUACGAAUGCCCACCCGGCCUUGCCUACGACAGCGAACAACGCGUGUGCGUAUGGGCUGAUCUUGUAGAGAGGUGCGACCAACUCGAAGUUGCCGAAGGAUUCGUCUGCCCUGACCCAUCCGAUGUUGACCAACCCGGCCUUUACAGCCGUCACGCUCACCCCACUGACUGCAGGAAAUUCUAUGUCUGCAUUGAAGGAACCGCCAGGCCCUACGGAUGCAGUUUGGGAACCGUCUUCAACGUAGACAGUCUGCAGUGUGAUGAGCCCGAAAACGUUCCAGGAUGCGAAAACUACUACGGAGAUCUCGACGUAAAGACACUGAAGAAAGCACAGGGUUGAGUGAAAUCUUUGUAGAUAAUCUUGGAUUUUGGGCAACUCAAAACCGUGCCUUCCAGUCAAAGAUCUUCCGCUUUCUAUUCCAUCCAUCUCCUGUACAUUCCAUUUAAACGAAACACUGCACUAUUCAUCCAAUUAUGGGACUAGAAAAAUAGAACUUCAAAUUAUUAUUAUUAUUAUUACUAUUAUUUACUCCUCAGUGUUAUAUAUGCAGAGCGUGUCAUCAUUUUUCAGAAGAAACUAAAUUGAAAUAAGUUAUUUGUUUUGAGUUACUGGAGGUUAUUUACCACACCUGCGCAGCAAGUAGAGCUUGCUAAAAUAUUAACACGUAACUUGCGUUUCCAAUUAUAGUCUAAAAUUCAAUUCGAAAUUGGAAUUAACCGUCUUCCUUGUGAUUUUACACCCUGGAUUUUACAACAGUGCCCACUGCGCAGAUUUAAAAGUGCCAACGCUAGCUUAUUAUUAUUUUUGUCUCUUAUAUAUGAUCAGUUCGUAAGCAUUGGUCAUAAUAAUUUUUUAAAAAUAAUAAUGUCUCGAUUUACUAAAAGUUUGAUUUUUUUUUUGUACGAUGUCGAGUCAUGGCAUUCAGAGUUUACUUCCUUUACUUGGAAAAAAACUGUGAUGACAAGUGAAUGUAAAUGGUUUACAUUUUGUUUGGUGUAAAUAAAGAUUUCUAAAAAAAAAGUA